UUCUCCUCCGCUUCCAGCACCACCACGAUCGGCACCGUCGCCUCCCGGGUGACCAGGAAUGGGAAUGCUGUCAUGGAGAAUGGCUUCCUCAAUCAUGAGGACUUGGCAGGAGACCGGGGCAUGAUAGACGAUAUGUUUGAUGAGACCUACCGGGAGAAAGAGGGCCCCAAGCCCCCCAUGCGAUACGUCUGGAGGAAUAUCAUCCUCAUGAGCCUGCUGCAUCUAGGGGCCAUAAUCGGGCUGGUGCUGAUACCUUCUGCAAAGAUCCAGACAUUGGCAUGGGCUGUUCUGUGUUUCCUGAUGAGUGCUCUGGGGAUAACAGCUGGAGCUCACCGCCUCUGGAGCCAUCGGUCCUACAAAGCCACACUGCCCCUGCGGCUCUUCUUGACUAUUGUAAACUCCAUGGCCUUCCAGAAUGACAUCUAUGAGUGGGUCCGGGACCACCGCGUCCAUCACAAGUUCUCCGAGACAGAUGCAGACCCACACAAUGCCAUGCGGGGCUUCUUCUUCUCCCACAUCGGCUGGCUGCUGGUGCGCAAGCACCCAGAUGUCAUAGAGAAGGGCCAGAAGCUGGACCUGAGCGAUGUAAAGGCUGACAAAGUGGUGAUGUUCCAGCGGAGAUACUACAAGCCCUCAGUGGUGUUGCUGUGCUUCACGCUGCCCACUGUAGUGCCCUGGUACUUCUGGGAUGAAUCCAUCAUCAUCAGCUUCUUCAUUCCAACCAUCCUGCGCUAUGCCAUAGGGCUCAAUGCCACUUGGCUAGUGAACAGUGCUGCUCACAUGUUUGGCAACCGGCCGUAUGAUCAGCGCAUCAACCCACGGGAGAACCCACUGGUCAGCCUGGGGGCCCUAGGAGAAGGCUUCCACAACUACCACCACACCUUCCCCUAUGACUAUUCCACCAGUGAGUUUGGCUGGCGCUUCAACUUAACCACAGCCUUCAUCGACCUCAUGUGCCUCCUGGGGCUGGCCAGCGAUCGCAAGAAGGUCUCCAAGGAGGUCAUCCUGGCUCGGAAAAUGAGGACUGGAGAUGGGAGUCACAAGAGUGGCUGAGUUUCUGCUGCCCUUCACACACACAUCCACACCUCUCCUUCCUCCUUUUUUCUCCCUUUCUCCCUUCCUGACCCCUCUAAACACGCUGGACAAAGGUUUAAUGUUCUGUUUACUAACUACUGAAUAAUGCUACCAGUUUGCUUAAGAUAAUGAGUUUUAACCCCCCACACACACUGUAUUUUACGUGAUGUAUUUUAAGAUCUAGGACUCUGCCUUUAUAAUGCAAGGCCACCCCUUUCCCUCUUCUCCUUUUCCUUU